GAUGUAGAGGUUCAUGUAUCAUGUAUUUGAUCUAUCUGAAGACCAAAAUCUCGGUUGUCGGUUGGUGUCAGGUAAUGACAGGCUAGAGUGAAUGUCUCAAUAUAUCCUAUAGUCUAGCAGCGACGAUGGUCAAGGCUAGCGAGCUUUUGGAGGCCUUCAAGAAAGAGAAUUUGGAUUGCUACCGCCUACACACUGCGCUAGUCGACCAACUUCUACCCUUCCUCGCCGACACAUUCGAACUCGGCAUCAAUCCAAACCUUUUACCCGAUCGGGCCGAGAACGAGACCAUUGAGCAAGAACGUUUACGUUGCUUUGUUCUGGAACGUUUACUCGAUGAAUUGGCUCGGGACAUGGAAGAUGAUGUGCAUGACGCCGAUAUUAUAACUGCGGUGGACUAUCCCUUCGUUAUAAGGGUAUUCUAUUGGUAUCUCAACAAGAUUCCGCGUUCGCUGUCAUAUCAUGAUAAACAUAGCAGCGCCACUUCACGGGUUCGGGCGGGUGUCAAGAGGCGUCAUCAACAUGAUAAGUACUUGAAGACGCUGUUGGCGAGCCAACGUGAAGCGAUACAGAGACGAAUUUCUCAUGGCAAUCAGAAAAAGGCAACUAGCCAGCAAACAAGCACUGUCUCUGAGAGGGAAUUGAGUAUGCCUGAUACACUUCGGGGCACUCCACGUUCGCAC